AUGAUUAAAAAAAUAUUCGUUCUUACUAUUCUUAUUUGCUUAACUGUCAUUAGUCAAGAAAACUAUGACGAUAUCGUAUCUUUUCUCAUUGAUGGCACACAACGAAGAACAAAUAUAACAUGUCUCUGUACUAAAGAUGAAAAAUGUGAUUCAAAUACUGAAACAUGUCGUUUAACACAUGUUGAUCAUGUUUGUUAUGAAAGUUGGACGAAAGAUCCUUAUGACAAUACUAUUCAUGUCACAGCUGGAUGUGUUUAUAAUGAAUUCUUUUUUACGCAAAUUUUCUGCAACGGUAAUCAAACAAGUCGAUAUAUUAUUUGUUGUUCAGACGAGGAUUAUUGCAAUGAUCGUGAUGCAUAUUCAAGUGAUAUACGAAAAAAAUUAUUACCAAAAGCUGUUCUAUUAGGACCAACCAAGUUCGCAAAUCAAGUAAUAUUAGAAAAAAACUAUAUUGGCAUUGGUGCUUAUGGUGCUGUUUAUCGGGGCAAAUGGCAUCAAGAUACAAUUGCUGUAAAAAUUUGUUUAUCAAAUGAAGAACCUUCAUGGAGACGUGAAGUUUAUAUUUAUGAAGAAUUCCGUUUAAAUCAUGAAAAUGUUCUUCGAUACAUUGCUGCUGAUAAUAUAGACUCUUCAAAUCGUAUUGAACUUUGGCUUGGUACUGAAUACCAUGAAAAUGGUUCUGUCUAUGAUUAUCUUCAGAAUCAUACAAUAACAAUUCCAAUUAUGAUUAAUAUGAUGUUUACUAUUGCUAAUGGUCUUUUUUAUUUACAUAUAUCUAUUGAGGCAACAAAUGGAAAACCUGCACUUGCACAUCGAGAUUUAAAAACAAAAAAUAUUUUGGUUAAAAAAGAUUUAUCAUGUUGUAUUGCAGACUUAGGUCUUGCCGUUAGCGAAGUUCGUCCAAAAAAUAGUGAUUUACGUAAUAAUAAUAAUAAUAAUAAAGAACGUAUUGUUAUUGAUGUUAAACCACAUCAUCGUGUUGGUACAAUACGUUAUAUGGCACCAGAAAUUCUUGAUAAAACACUCAAUGAGCAAAUUUUUGAAUCUUAUAAAGCUACUGAUCUUUAUGCAUUGGGACUUGUUUUUUGGGAAAUAUUACGAAGAUGUCAAACAACUACAGCGGACAAUGAUGCUGAUGAAUAUAAACUUCCUUAUCAAGAUGUUUUACCAAAUAAUCCAACAUUUGAGCAAAUGCAUGAAGUUGUAUGUAUAAAAAAAAUUCGACCUGAAUCUUCACCUCGAUGGGAAAAUAAUUCAACUUUUUGUAAUAUAUUUACUUCAUGUCAAGAAUUAUGGACUGAAAAACCAGAAUGUCGUCCAAGUAGUUAUAUUAUUAAAGAAAAACUUAGAAAUCAACAAAAUCAAUAG